UCCAGUCGAUCAUGAAGUGUGAUGUUGACAUUCGCAAGGACUUGUACGCUAAUGUAGUGCUGUCCGGUGGCACCACCAUGUUUCCAGGCAUCGGCGAGCGGAUGACAAAGGAGUUGACGGCAUUGGCGCCUUCCACGAUGAAGAUCAAGGUCGUGGCUCCGCCCGAGCGCAAGUACUCAGUGUGGAUCGGUGGGUCCAUCCUAUCCUCUCUGAGCACCUUUCAGCAGAUGUGGAUUUCCAAGGGCGAGUAUGAUGAGUCCGGCCCCACCAUCGUGCACAGGAAGUGCUUCUGAGGAUGUUCCAUCAGGAGAUUCUGAGAGCCAGCCAGUCCAUAAGUAAUCGCUUGCCGUGUCGGAUGGAGGUGCGAACCUUCUACGCGCUCCAAUGUUCAAGGCUGGCGGUUGUUGUUUGAAUUUGCGAGGCCCGCAUUUUGGGUCUGCACUGUGCCCAGACAUGACCAGCCUGGAACAUAUCCCUAUCCCUAAGCUGGGCAUCGCCUCAUCACGAUGCCAAUCUUAGGGAUUCCCCUAGUUUUUCAGGACGCAUCCCCAAGAUUGUCAUCGCCUUCUGGCGUGUCAAUCUUAGGGAUCGGGAUAAGUUCGAGGCUGGUGAAGACAGUCGCGGAGCUCGCGCGCGCUCGCGCGGGCGCGCGUGCUGUUUGUUGCUGCAUGCGAUGGCUCGGCUGCCGAGGGGCGGCCUCGAGCAGUGGCGUGGCCCCCAUCGGCUGCGCGCGCGGGAAUCUGACAGACAGCAUCGGGCGUAGCCGGACUGCUGGGCAGGGAAGA